UUGUGCAGACAUCGCCCUACAUUUGACACAGAUUCUAAAUGGCUACAUCAGCAGACAGAUAAUCAGUUAGAUAAAGAGCAGCAUCUUCCAUGCCAACUCUGGCUAGAGAGUGAGGGGUGGGUGUGUGUGUGUGUGUGUGUGUGGGGAGGGUGUGCAUAUAUAGAGGUGGGCCUGUGGUCAUCCACCAUCUCCUCAUCACCAGUCUCCAGUCUCACACUACAACAAUCCUGCAGCCAUGGCCUUCAAUGGAACCUGGAAAGCGGACCGCAACGAAAACUAUGACAAGUUCAUGGAGCAGAUGGGCAUUAACGUAAUGAAACGCAAACUGGCCGAACACGACAACCUGAAAAUCACCAUCGAGCAGACAGGAGACAACUUCCACAUAAAGGAGUCCAGCACUUUCCGCACCAAGGACAUCGACUUCACCCUGGGCGUGCCCUUCGAGUACGCCCUGGCUGAUGGCACUGAGGUCUCAGGAACGUGGGAAUUGGACGGCGAAAUGCUAAAGGGCAAAUUCACCAGGAAAGACAACAACAAGGUCCUGACAACCACCAGAACUAUGGUGGGAGGAGAGCUGGUUCAGAGUUUCAACUACGAGGGCGUGGACGCCAAGAGGAUUUUCAAGAAGCAAUAAUCCAGAGCCUGAAGACGAUUAUAUUUUUAAAUUUUUUUAUAAACUGUAGAUGACAUUAUGUGCUAUAUACUUGUAUUGUUCUCUAACAACAGUCCAAAAAGUCACAUGAAAACUUUUGGAAUUCACCUCAAAAUACCUCAACGUGUUGGCAUAUUUUUAGUAGAAGAAUUACAGUCCCUUGUUUGAGUCUGCUGUGCUAUAGAUGAAUUUGUUUAUUGAGCCAUCUCUCAAUAAGGAAAACACCACCUGACACUGUGUUUCUACUUCUUAGAAUGAAUCAUAUUGAAAAGGCAAAAUUAAAGAAGACCAGAAAAGCUGACUUUUGUCAGUCUUUGAAGUUUUCCAAGCACCUGAUAUUUUUUUCUCCACAUAUUUACCAACUUCCUGAAUUAAAGAGGCUAACAGGAAAGCAGCUAGUGUCUAAAUAGAAUACAACACAUAAAUGAGAGUUCAUUUAAAAAAAUAAAUAGGAAUUGAACACAAAAA